UUUAAAUUGGAAAAAAAAAAAAAUCAACCUCCGUUGAAGCGACGAAAAUGGCGUUUGCUGCUUCUCUAUCCAAUUCGUCGUCGUCGUCAUCUCUGCAACUCGGUUCUUCCUUUAACGGCGAUAGCUUAUCGUCGUCGAGGUCCUUCGCCGGUGCUCUGGUCACCUUCUCUUCUGUACCGCGCUCCGGAAAGAACGCAUGUUUGCCAAGAAAAUGUCUCGUUUAUGCCAGGAAGGUUUCGGGGUUGGAGGAGGCAAUGAGAAUCAGAAGAAUGCGUGAGCUCCAAAACACAACAAAAGUUAGGAGGAGACCACCUCUGAGACGUGGAAGGGUAUCGCCUCGUCUUUCCGUGCCUGAUCACAUACCACGGCCUCCAUAUGUCGAGUCUGGCAUAUUACCUGAGAUAUCAACUGAGUUUCAGAUUCCUGACCCAGAAGGCCUUGCGAAAAUGAAAGCUGCUUGUGAGCUUGCUGCUCGUGUUUUAGACUUUGCUGGAACUUUGGUUAGGCCAUCUGUGACUACAAAUGAAAUCGACAAGGCAGUGCAUCAGAUGAUCAUCGAAGCUGGAGGUUAUCCUUCACCCCUCGGAUAUGGGGGAUUUCCUAAAAGUGUAUGCACAUCAGUUAAUGAGUGCAUGUGUCACGGAAUACCGGAUUCUCGCCAGCUACAGAAUGGGGAUAUAAUAAACAUCGAUGUCACAGUUUACUUGGAUGGUUACCAUGGAGAUACGUCAAAGACUUUCUUCUGUGGAGAUGUCAGCGAUUCCCUCAAACGACUCGUGAAGGUCACGGAAGAAUGCUUGGAAAAAGGCAUCGCUGUUUGUAAGGACGGAGCAAGCUUCAAGAAAAUUGGAAAGAGAAUCAGCGAGCAUGCUGAAAAGUACGGUUACAAUGUGGUGGAGCGUUUUGUUGGUCAUGGCGUCGGAAAAAUAUUUCACUCUGAACCUCUGAUAUAUCAUAACCGUAACGACGAACCCGGGCUUAUGGUCGAGGGCCAAACUUUCACAAUCGAACCAAUUCUGACCAUUGGAACCACCGACUGCAUAACAUGGCCGGACAACUGGACGUCCGUGACUGCAGAUGGUGGCCCGGCCGCACAGUUUGAGCAUACCAUUCUCAUCACUAGAACUGGUGCAGAUAUCCUCACCACUUACUGAAACACUUCUUUAUUCAGAUAACAUCAUCCUGUAAGGUAAUUAAACUUAGCCAUAGAGAUUAUUAUCUUCACGACUUUGAUUCUUCUUCUGUAUCUUAGUUACGACAACUGUGCCCAAUUCGAUUCAGGUGUGAAAGGGUAUUUGAUUCAUCAUGCAAGUCUCGACCCGGUCAAACUCGUUAAUAAACCUAUUAUGGGCAUAGACCGUGUUCAUUUGUU